CUAAUCGGCCUCAUACAUAUUCAACAAUGGCUUUCUCAACUUUCACCUUGUCUCUCUAUCUACUCUCCUUCAUCCUCCUCCUCCAAACAGUUUUUGGAGCAGAUCCCAUCUUCCAUAUAUGUUCAACCUCAGACAACUUCACAAGCAACGAUCCUUACGACAUAAAUUUGACAAAGCUCAUGGGCUAUCUUUCCUACAAAACCCCUCCCACAGGUUACAGUUUAAGCUCAAUGGGCGAGAGCCAACAUCAAGUAUUUGGGCAUGCCCUCUGCCGUGGCGAUGUCUCAGAUGUCGACUGUGCCAGCUGUGUUACUGAGGCAAGUAAAAAAGUUCGAGAUUACUGUUCUUAUAAUAAAAAUGGAAUUAUAUGGUACGAAAAUUGUCUAGUAAAGUACGCCAAGAAUAGUUUCUUUGGAAAGAUCGAUUAUGAACAUAUGGUUUAUGCUUGGGCGGUUCAAAAUGUAAGUGAUCCCUCGUCGUUUAAUCCCAAGGUAAGAAAGUUGCUAAGAGAACUGGUCAAGAAAGCUUCCGAGAGCCCGAAGAUGUACAAGACCGGAAGCUUGAAGAUCGGAGAAGGGAGGACAAUCUAUGGGUUGACUCAAUGCACCAGAGACAUUUCUGGAAGUGAUUGUAAAGCGUGUCUUAAGGAUGAAAUCAAGCGACAGCCAGCUUGCUGUGAUGGGAAACAAGGAGGAAGGGUUAUGAGUGGGAGUUGCUACUUCAGAUAUGAAGUUUACCCGUUUGUCAAUGCUUAGUAUGGAGGGACGGACGGUCACUCUAGCUCCCUACGUAUCUCGUUGCAUAUAUAUGUAUAUAUAGGGGACUGAUCGUCGUGCAGGAGCUCUUCCCUAUAUAUAUAUAUUAUAUUGUUAAGUAAAUUGUUCCCUUUUUUUUUUUUUUUCUUUGAAAAACUUCACUUAUAAUGCUGGAUUUUUCAUCACUUUUAAAAAAAGGUACUCAAAAUUUAAAAAGUGUCAAUUUAGGGUAUUCAUCUUUUAAUAUUUUUUUCAAUUCAACCAUCCGUUAGAAUUUUUCGUUAAAUCCUAUCAAAAUUCCCGUGUUUAUUUUUUUAAAAAAAAAUUCAAAGAUUCAUGCAUUAGUAUUUUUGAAAAUUCCUUCAAAUUCUGACCAAUACCUAAAUUCUACCAUUUUUUUCGUUUUUUUUUUUCCUAAAAAAAUGGGUAUUCUGGGAUUUUUGAUAGAAUUUAAUAGAAAAUUAUAAUAAAGAGUUGAAAUUGAUAAAAAAAAUAAUUAUUAUUAUUAUAAGAUGGAUACCAUAAAUUGAUACUUUUUAAAAUUUGGAUACAUUUUUUUAAAAAAAAUAUGAAAGAUCAGGGGUUAUAAAUGAAGUUCUUCCUUCUUCUUCUUUUUUUUCUUUUUUUUGGGGGGCAAGUAUUUAAUAUUUAUGCACGUUUUAAGUAUAUGUUGGAGUGGCUCUUAUAUGGGCGGUGUUGAAUAAAAGUUUUUUUUUUUUAAUAGAAUUGUUGCAAGAAUAUUUAUGGUGUACGUUUAAGUCAAUAAUGGAUCAUAGUAGGCCAAGUAUAAGGUUACUGUAUCCUCAUCCAUAUCCCCAGUACUUGCAUCAAUGGCAUUGUCAAUGAUUGAAUAAUAUUUAUUAAAACUAUAGCUGAAAGUUUUAUAAAA